UUAUGCUCUAUUUGAGACCACAGCUUGCUCAAAAUAAAGAUGUGGGCGCUGCCCUUUGCAUGCCAAUUGAUACCCCUUAGACCCUUACCAAAGCUUACCCCUAAUUUUUUCGUUUUAGAGUCAAAAUGAGUUUGAGAGCAUCAGACAUUAGUAGCUCAAAAGAGCAAGAAUCAUCAAUUGAAGAUAGUAAAGAAGUUAAUGAGACCAGUCAACUUAGUUCAGUUCACUCAGGAGGUGAAGAAAGCAGUGAAAGAGAGUCAUCAUCAGUAGCUGAAGGAGCAAGGAAUUCUUCGGGAGAUAACAAGGUCUCUCCUUCUGAUAUGAGUAGCCAUUCUAAUCCCCAUACGAAGAGAGUGCAGAUUAGGGAUAGUAGUGUUCACGAUCCAGAUAGACCAAAAAUGCCUGCCUUCAAGAGUUCAUUUGAUGAGACUAAGAAAGCCAAGAUUCAAGUUUCUUGGAAGAACAUUACAAUUAAGGCUCCUCCCAAGGGUGGUUUCUGCAAGAAAGUUCCAGAGGAUGCUGAGCCAUUCACUAUUUUGGAUAACCUCAGUGGAACUGUCAAACCAGGUCAAUCCCUUGCCAUCAUUGGUGCUUCAGGAGCAGGAAAGACUACAUUUUUGAAUUAUCUCUCUGGAAGAGAUCCUAGUAAGAAUCUUGAUAAGGAAGGAACAAUCACUAUCAACGGAGUUGACAGAUCUAAGCUAGACUUCGGAAAGUACUCAGCUUAUGUGCAACAGGAUGAUGUCCUUUACCAGACAAUGACAGUUAAGGAGUGUCUCAUGUUUGCCGCCAAGAUGAGGCUUCCACCUGGUACAGAUCAUGAAGAACGUGUACAAACUCUUCUUGAAAGUUUAAAACUUGAGAAAGCAGCAGAUACAAAGAUUGGAGGUCCUCUUGUGAAAGGAGUGUCUGGAGGAGAAAGAAAGAGAACCUCCAUUGGAGUGGAGCUCAUUACUGAUCCAAACUUGAUUUUCUUAGACGAGCCAACCACUGGACUUGAUUCAUUCACAGCACAAGAUUUCUUCGAGAACGUUCUUUCAGCUCUCGCUGCUUCAGGUCGUACCAUAAUCACAACGAUCCAUCAGCCAAACUCCGAAAUCUACGAGAACUUUGAUCAACUGAUGCUGAUGGCUGGAGGGAAGACCCUCUACCUCAAUGAUGCCAGUAAGGCUGUUGACUACUUCGCUUCUAUUGGAGAGAAGUGUCCUGAAAGAACAAAUCCAGCCGACUUCUUCAUGAACAUGAUGAGUAUCGAGGCCCUUGACGAACCAGACCUUGAAGAUGAAGAAGAGCUCAAGAAGACCAGGACUAUGAUUGAAGGAGAUUAUAAGAGGAAGAUCGGAUUCCUAGCUGAUAGAUAUGAGAGUAGUGAGCUCAGAUGUGAUGAAGAUUCUGUACAUCCCGAAGCAAGAGCUCUAGGAGGUGAUAGAGAAGAGGAUGUUCAGUAUACUCCUGGAUGGGGAAAGCAGUUUUGGUUACUGCUGAUGAGAAAUUUCAAGAAUUUGAUUAGACUUCCUAUCGCCAGUUACGGAAAAGUUAUAUCGUAUAUAUUCAUCUCCAUCUUGAUCUUGCUAGUCUGGGGUCACCUUGACAAUGACCAACAGUCCAUUCAGUCAAGAACUGGAGUUCUUUUCAUAGUAUCAACCAUGAUUAUUAUGUUCAAUGUGCAAGGAGUUAUUUUGGUAUUCCCAGACGAAAGACCUGUGUUUAUCAGAGAACAUUCAGGAAAGAUGUAUAGCACGACUAUUUACUAUCUCUCAAAGAUCCUAAGUGAGAUCCCUCUGCUGUUCAUCAAUGCUACCUUGUUCUCAGUUGUCCUCUAUUGGGCAGUUGGACUAAACACAGAUAGCUUCGGAAGAUUCCUUGUUUUCUGGUCUUACACAAUGCUACUCAUGUGGGCUGCAAUGGGAAUGGGAUUUGCUGGUGGAGUGCUUGUAAGUGAUAAGAACGUUGCAGUUGGAAUGAUCCCGGUUAUUAUCAUUCCUCUAAUGCUUCUCUCUGGAUUCUUUGUUGACCAAGAUAACAUUUUACCAGUUUUGACUCCAUUUGAGUACAUCUCUCUAUUUAAAUGGUCUCUUCAAGUAUAUGCUUACAAUGAGUAUGAAGGACUUAAGCUUACUUGUUCCCCAGAUUGUGAUCCAUUAGGAGACUUCGACUUUUCAGAGAGCAAAGUUGCAAGUAUCUGUGUCACUGCAGGACUAGGAUUGGCAUUCUACAUUCUUGGUUACAUCUUGCUUCAUGUUGUAGCCAAAGUCAAGGCAUAGAUCAGGUGAUAAGACUAAUUUUAUCUUAAAAUUUCAAUCUA